CUUAAAAAAUUCAAAAGAAAAUGUCACCACCCUCAUCAGACAAUAAACCUCCGUCCGCCGCCGUUGUAAACCCUAGCGGGUGGCGGUUCUCAUGGGAAGCCCAAUCGCACACGCCGAUACUCCGCUUACUCCUAUUCAACCCCGACCUAAAUCCCUCAGCUCAAUGCAGAGACCUCAAACUCAGCCUUCUCCCGCAACAGUCUCAGCUUACGGCGUCGUUUCUGGAAAACGAAUCUCGAAUACAGCAAUUGGUUCGGGUUCCUGUACCUCGGGUUUUGAUUGACCCGGAAUCUCCGCUCCAUUUCAGGGUAUUCGAUGACCACAUUGAGGUUAAGCUCGUUUUGCUACUUCCGGUUGACCAUCCCCUCGUUUCGGAUUUUGAUUCAAUCCUUAGUAACGAAGAAAACAAGGAUGAGCUUCGUCCGCUUUCUUCGGAUUCUGAUUUAAAGAAGUUGUCUUGUAUGAAAGAGAUACACUUCUACUGCAGAAAUUGCUCGUCUAAGUUGACAAAGGAUCUCAGAUACGUGAAGGAUAUGCCAUCCGUUAAUUGGGCGGAUGUUGCUGAUAAUUGGUUUGGGAAUUGUUGUUGUUCGUUUGGUGGUGUAACUGAGAAGCUGGUUGCAGAUUAUGCAAAAUCCUAUACUUGUGCCCCAGGUGUAUGCCUUUUGAGUACAUCAUCUGUUCUUUUAUGCAAGAGUGAUAUUCUGGGAUGCGAAUUCCCUGAUUUGCAGCCCAAGAAAAAUUCGGAGGCCGAUCUAAAUUCACCCCGUGAAAAGUGUUCGAGUAGAGUUUUACUUAACGAGCCGUGUACUCAAGUUCGAGCUGUAAAAUCACCCUACUCGGAAGAUAAGCAGAUGUGCAAUGCAGAAAAAGGAAGUUCGAAAAAUUUAGUAGAUGAUGAUAGUUUAUUAUGUACCUUCCCUUUAUUGCAGAUUGAAGAAAACAAUGUGGAAAAAAGUCAAAUCUGUGAUACUGGAUGUUGUGCUUCAGAUGAGUUGAGCGCCUCUCCAGCGGUGGGAAUGCGUGAAGGAAAUGUUGUACUCGAAAAUCAGAAAGUGUUUCUUGAUGGUUACCUUGGAGAUGGUUUCAUGGUUAGGUCUUCGGGGCUUUCGAAAGAUAUUCAGUGGAUCGAAUAUUUAUGCCCAGAGUGCUCGUCUCUCGUUGGAGCAUAUCCUUGCUUUGAUGAUAAUGUGCCGUUAGAUGGUGGAGUUCGUCUUUUCAAAUGCUAUAUUUCAACUUGUUUGCCUUCCAAUGGAUCUGAUGAUGCAUUUCAGAAUUACACCCUAGAGAAGAUAUUUGCUAGUCAGUUGCUGGAAAGUGCACGGGAUGAACUAUCGUUCCGGACUAUAGUUAGAGACAUGCAAACAAAAUCGCCAUUAUUGCAAAUUGUUCUCCUAAAUCCAAAUUCAUGGGGCUGUGCUGGAAGUUUGCACCCUACAGGACCAUCUCCGCAGUUAAUUUUGUAUCCCAUUAUCAAAACCCUAUUUACUUCUGCUAGUCACGGCAUGGAGUUGGAUUUAAGGACUCUAGACGAUUGGGUGAGAAAGAAUCAAGCUGAUGAAAUCUACAUGUUUUCAUCUCAAAUAGUCGAAUUAAUCCGAGUUCUGGAGCUGGCCAACACUCUAUCUCCACCGGCAUGUACGUCAUUACAGGGUUUAUUUUUAUCAUCCAUGCGGAGAUAAAAAAAAAUAGUUCACCAUUUUCAGUUCUUGUCUAGAGACAAACUCGAAAAACCAAAGAUAACUGUAAGUUUUCGUUCUAACCCAAAAUAUAUCGGGGAAAAAGAAA